AUGACUUGCCAAGCGUUUGCUUCAUCUGACACCUUUGUACCCUUGAAUUCUGACUCUUCUCCCUCUCUGCCUCUGAUAAUGCAUCACAGCGCCGCAGAGUGCCUGCCGGUUUCUAACCAUGCCACCAAUGUUGUGUCUACAGUCCCGUCUGUUUUGUCUUUGAUCCAAACUCCUAUAUGCUCCUGUGCCCGCUUUGCUCUGACGACUCUGGGAAACACUUUGGCAGGCCUUCAUUACUCUGUGCCUUCCUGUCAUUAUGGAAAUCAACCGUCUACCUAUGGGGUGAUGGCAGGCAUCAAGCCUGCAACUCCAGAGAUGUUAUCAGCAAGUCUCUCCCAGAGUCGCAUCUUACAGACAUGCAGCAUGCCACAUCCCAAUGUGGUAAAUGGUGUCAGCACCUUGCAAA